AUGCAAAGUACUCGAAAUAUUAUGCAAGAUGAAAAAGAAAUUAAAAAUGACGAGCAGAAUGAUAAUUUGGAUAAUGAUUCCAAUGAUAAAGCUUCAUCUCACAAAUCUGAAUUUCAAGAAACAAAUAAUCUAUGUUAUAUAGUAUGGCUUCAAUAG